AUGUGGACUAAAAACUAUCAGCACAUCCUUGCCUUUGGCUUUGCUGUUAAUGAGAUCAACAAGAACACAAAACUCUUACCAAACACAACCCUGGGAUUCGAGAUCUAUGACAACAAUUUCCAUGAAAGAAAGUCAUACUGGAACACUCUAAGCCUUCUCUCCAGAGGGCAGGUGUCUCUCCCCAACUACAGCUGUGACAGGAAGAGGAAGGUUAUGGCCAUGAUUGGUGGUCUCACUUCCCUAAUCUCCAUUGAGAUGUGCAAGAUCUCAGCAACCUACAAGAUCCCACAGCUUCACUCUUUUCUGAGAAACAUCCGCUUUAACACCACCACUGGAGAAGAAAUCUUUUUUGAUGAAAAUGGGGACCUGGUGGCUGGGUACGAUAUCAUGAACCUGGUCACAUUCUUCAACAACUCCUUCCAAAGGGCCCAGGUUGGAAGAAUAGACUCCCUGGAUCUUGCAGGCCAAACAUUUACUAUUGAUAGAAGUCUCAUUUCAUGGAAUCCUAUAUUUAAACAGGAAAUCCCCCGAUCCAGGUGUGUGGAGAGCUGCCUUCCUGGGCAGAGGAGGAUCGUGAAGGAGGGGGAAGAUGUCUGUUGCUACGAUUGCGUUCAGUGCCCUGAAGGGAGCAUUGCAGUCCAGAAGGAUGCAGAUCUGUGUGAAAAGUGCCCAGAAGAUCAGUAUCCAAACAAGAAACAGAUUCGGUGCAUCGACAAAGUGAUCACCUACUUAUCCUACACUGAACCCUUGGGAGGAGUUCUGGCUUCCUUGGCCCUUUUCCUUUCUGUGAUAACAAUGAUGGUGUUGGGGCUCUUUGUUCUGCACUGGGACACUCCCAUCGUCAAGGCCAACAACAGGAGCAUCACCUGCACCCUCCUGGCCUCUCUGCUGCUCGGCUUCCUCUGCUGCUUCCUGUUCAUUGGCCAGCCUGGGAAGCUGACCUGCCUUCUUCGCCAAACUCUCUUUAGCAUCACCUUCUCCGUCUCAGUUUCUUCUGUGCUGGGCAAAACCAUCACUGUGGUUGUGGCUUUCAUGGCCACCAAGCCAGGAAACAGGAUGAGGAAAUGGGUUGGGAAGAGGCUGGCACUGUCAGUUAUUAUUGUUGGUUCUUUCAUUCAAACAGGCAUCUGUGUUGCGUGGUUGGCAAUUUCACCCCCUUUCCCAGAGCUGGACAUGCAUUCCCAGGUGGGCCAGAUCACAGUGAAAUGCAACGAAGGCUCAGAGAUCAUGUUCUACCUAGUCCUGGGCUACAUGGGCUUUCUGGCCACCAUCAGUUUCACUGUGGCUUUCCUAGCAAGAAGGUUACCUGACAGUUUCAAUGAAGCCAAGCUGAUCACCUUCAGCAUGCUGCUCUUCUGCACUGUUUGGGUUUCCUUUGUCCCAACAUAUCUUAGCACCAAAGGGAAAUACAUGGUGGCCGUGGAGAUCUUCUCCAUCUUGGCCUCCAGUGCUGGCUUGUUGGGUUGUAUCUUCUUCCCCAAAUGCUACAUUAUAAUACUGAGACCUGAACUGAAUACCAAGCAACAGUUAGUAAGGGAAACUACAGAAAAGAUAAAGUUUCACAACUGA